GGCUGGUGCGAGAGCCCUCCCAACUUGCGGAUCUCAGUAGCGGGGCGGAGCGUGCCUGUGCCCGCCCCGCCGCCCCGCCGCCCCGCCGCCCCGCCCCACCUUACGAGGCGGGGCGCGCGCCUGCGCAGUAGCAACGGCAGCCCGGUGGUGCAUUGUGGGAGCUUCGCGGGUGGCGCCUUCCCCGCGGCUGCAGCUCGCUCUUCGCGGCUGCCGGAGACCAGCGAGAGAAGGUUCCCCAGAGCCCGCCCGUCGGUUCUGCCUGCGGCUAGCUCAAGAUCCGGGUCCGAGAGGAAACGCUGGAGCCGGAGUUCCGUCCGCGCCGCCAGGACGCGUCUGCCCGGCCCCCCGCCGCCCGCCCUGGAGCUGCUGAAGGACGUGCACCUGGGCCUGGCCCCGCCCGGCCGCGGCCCCGCUCGCCUGGCCCUCCUCGCGGGCCACUACCUUUACUAUCACUACGGCUGCGACGGCCUGGACGACCGGGGCUGGGGCUGCGGCUACCGCACUCUGCAGACGCUGUGCUCGUGGCCAGAGGGCCGGCCCGCGGGCGUGCCCGGGCUAGCCGCCGUGCAGGCGGCCCUGGAGGACAUGGGCGACAAGCCCCCCGGGUUCCGGGGCUCCCGGAGCUGGAUCGGUUGUGUAGAAGCCAGUCUGUGCCUCGACCACUUCGGAGGGCCCCAGGGGCGCCUGUGUCACGUACCCCGUGGAGCAGGGCUCCAGGGGGAACUGGAGAGGCUUUACUCCCACUUCGCAGGGGGCGGGGGGCCUGUAAUGGUUGGGGGGGAUGCAGAUGCCCAGUCCAAGGCCUUGCUAGGAGUCUGCCUGGGUCCAGGCACAGAGGCCUAUGUUCUGGUAUUGGACCCUCACUUCUGGGGUGCUCCGAAAAAUCCCAGUGAACUACAGGCAGCUGGGUGGGUAGGAUGGAGAGAGGUAGGUACAGCCUUUGACCGCAACUCCUUCUACAACCUGUGCUUGACCAGCUGCAACUCCCAAAAGCAGCAACACGCCCUGGACUGAGGCUCGGGGCCCAGAAUGGAGACUGUCUCUG